AUGAACAUCAACGAUGCAGCAAAGAAUAAUUUACAAGAGUAUUGUCAAAAGAACAAGAUUGCUAUGCCAAUCUAUAAUACUACUACCAAAGGACUAGACCAUGUAAAACAAUUUAUGGAUAGUGAAAAGCAUGCUGCUACAAUUGCAUUGGAUAGCAUUAUGGGGAGGAAUGGAACAAAGAAUCAGAAUCAAACUGUGACUCAACCAUUGGUAAUACCAAUCUCAAACAGUAGUAGUAGUAGUAGUAGUAACAAUAACAGUGGUGGUAGUAACAGUAUCAGUGGUGGUAGUAACAGUACCAGUUUUCAACCAAACAAGGCUGUACCUGCCAAAGCCAGCCUGUCAGUCGUCAAUGGUAGAAACAUUAAUGGAGAUAUAAUAACAAGAAAAGAUUUAAAUCAAAUCACAAAUAACAACAAAAAUAAUAAUAAUCAAAAUAAUAAUAAUGGAAAGGUUAGAACAAAACAAGAAAUGAAAUAUGAUCAAGAAACACCACUUAUUCAACUCAAACAAAUCAAACUGUUGGAUAGGAAUAGUAAAUUUCUAUGUAAUCAACGUUCAUUGGACAUGUCAAAGGAUAUAUCAAAGUUGGACAUGCAAACAUUCAAAUCACAAUUCUUGCACGCUACAAGCACCCAAGUGGUCAUCAUGUCGUUGUAUCCGUUCAAGAGGGAUACAUUCCAAAACAUGACCCAUUUACAGGUUAGAAAGCCGUCAAUAUGUUCAGACAUUAAUUACAACAACAAUAACAACAACAACAAUAAUAAUAAUAAUAAUAAUAAUAAUAAUAAUAAUAUAUUUCCACCAAAGGUUCAAGUAUUGGCAAUUCCAAUUAACGAAACGUUUAAAUGGAAUGUACCAUCAACUAGAUUCCCAGAAUCACUAGAAAGCUUAGAGUUACGGUGGGUGGAGACCCCACAAGAGAAUAAUAAUCACAAUUUAAUAGAUCUUGGCCAUCUUUAUCAAUUAAAACAACUACGACUAUUAAACAUACCACUUUACGCAUUCAACACGAUGGUUCUACCACCUGCAUUAAAGAGUCUAAAAUUCAAAAUAUUCUCGGAUAAUUUGAAAGAGUUGGAGCAAACUAGACUACUCCCCGACACUCUAGAAACACUCGGCUUUAAUUUCCAACAUGGUAUCGGGUCGUUCCCACCUUUAAUGGUACCACGAUCUGUCAGACACCUGACCGUUAGAGGAAAAGCCAUCUUCCCAGAAGGCUUCCUCCCAGAUCAAUUGGAAACUCUUGUCAUCAAGGCCAUUAAAUAUAAUAAUAAGCCUGAUCUCUCCACUGACGACAUUGGGUACCUACCUCGGUCGUUGCAAAGUCUGCAAAUAGCCAACAAAACCCAUCUCACCUUUACACCCAAUCGCGUAGACCAACUCAAACAUCUCACCAUCAUUGAAAAGAGUACUAUGUUUAAACAGUUAUUACCGUCUGCUACCUCUUCUUCUUCUUCCAUCAACUCUCUCACAAUUGAAAUAUCUAGUGAUAAAAAACCCUUCUCCGUUAUCUCUCUCUUUUCUUCCAACAACGAGUCAACAACAACCCCAGUAAAUAUCAUUCCACCAAAUAUUACAAAUCUUACUAUUCGAUUGCCACAUGAAAUUGGUGAAGAUAGUGCAGUUGAUUUGGAAAUGGACGAUAUUCUAUUCCGGUCAAAUAUCGAUACUCUUACAAUCGAACAGGUUUGGGCCAAACAAACAAUCACCUAUCGAUUAAGAAGAAUGACUCAAGAUGGAUACAUCUUAUUCCUCGAACAAGAGUCACUGGCUGGUGGAUACAUUAAAGUGCCACCACCAAAGGAUAGUAGUGAAUGUAGUGGAAAUCAUUACCGUCUUUGUCACGAAAACUACGAUAUGUCAGACAAAGUAUUGUUACUUAAAACAAGUAGGAACAAGUCUAGAUGA